AUGAGCGACUCCAAGGCUGCGAGGGUGCAGGCGCUGGGCCCCCUGGAGGAGGAAGAUCUCAUCGGAGGCAGUCCCCGAGACCCCGGGACAGACUUUGGGUUGGGAAGGGUUCAAGGUCUCAAGAGCUUUGCAGGGCAUCCCUGGAGACACCGGCACCUGCUGCUGCAGCUCCUGUGCCUCACGCUGCUCACUGCACUCCUGGUGGCUAUCCUCGCCCAAGUCUCCAAGGUCCAGAGCUGCAACAAACAGGAGCUGUCAAAGGAGGGAGAGAUCGCCCAGGGUCUGAGGCAGCUGAAGGAGGGAGUGGCCCACCUGUGCCGCCGCUGCUCCUGGGACUGGACUUUCUUCCAAGAACACUGCUAUUUCUUUUCCAAGUCCAAGCGGAACUGGCACGACUCCCUCUCUGCGUGCCAGGACAUGGGGGCUCAGCUGGUCAUCGUCCAAAGUGCGGAGGAGCAGUCCUUCCUGCAGCAGACCUCCAAGUCCAAAGGCUCCACCUGGAUGGGGCUGUCAGACCUGAACAAGGAGGCCACGUGGCACUGGGUGGAUGGCUCGGCUCUGCUGCUCAGCUUCAUGAAGUACUGGAACCCAGGAGAGCCCAACAACCACGGCGAGGAAGACUGCGGGGAGUUCAGCGGCGAUGGCUGGAACGACAACAGGUGCGAGGUGGAGAAUUUCUGGGUGUGCAAGCAGCCCGCAAAGUCCUGCGCCGACAACUGA